GUCAAGCACUGUUUUCCAGUUAGUCUCUCUGCGAACACACGCUCCCUCUGUACCUCCACCAUCAAUCCAUUCCUAAGCUCCCACUUAACCAUUUUCCCAUAUACCGAACUUUUUUUUUUUUUUUCUUUCCGUUUCUAAUUGGUUUCUUCUCUAUGGAAAUAACGGCUAUUUUUCUUCUCUUCCUCGCCCUUGCCUCCGACGUCGUUUUGUCUACUUACGCUCAACGCAGCGCCGUUACUUCGGCGGAGGUCCGAGCGCUGACGUCGUUCAAACGGGGCAUCUUUCACGACCCACUUGGUGUUCUAGACGGCUGGGAUGCGUCCACGCCGUCUGCUCCUUGCGACUGGCGUGGCAUUGUUUGUUACAACAAUCGAGUCCGCGAGCUCCGCUUGCCUCGCCUCCAGCUCGGUGGCCUACUCAGUGAUCAGUUAUCUGGCUUACGGGAGCUCCGCAAAUUGAGCCUCCAUUCUAACAACUUUAACGGCUCCAUACCUGACGCGCUCUCUCAAUGCGCUCUGUUACGCGCCGUUUACUUGCAGUACAACUCACUCUCCGGAAACCUCCCGCCUUCCAUUUUUAACCUCACCAACUUGCAAGUCCUCAAUGUAGCUCAUAAUUAUCUCUGGGGUAAAAUCGCCGCCGAUAUCCCGUGGUCUCUCCGCUACCUCGAUUUAUCCUCGAACGAUUUCUCAGGGGAAAUACCGUCGAAUUUCUCGGCACAAUCUCAGCUGCAACUUAUCAACUUGUCAUACAACCAGUUCGCCGGUGGAGUUCCGGCGAGUAUAGGGAAACUCCAAGAACUAGAGUACCUUUGGCUCGACUCGAACCAGUUGGACGGAACGUUGCCGUCUGCUAUAGCGAACUGUUCUUCGCUAAUGCAUUUAAGCGCAGAAGAUAACAGGCUUAAAGGAUUGGUUCCUGGGAGCAUCGGUGCGGUUCCGAAUCUUCAAGUGCUUGCUUUAUCGCGCAACGGACUUUCCGGUGCGGUUCCUGAAAACAUCUUUUGUAAACCGUCGGGGAAUGCUUCGGCGUCGUCGUUGAGGAUCGUGCAGUUAGGAUUUAAUGAGUUCACGGAACUUGUUAAGCCGCAAAGUAACGGAAGCUGCGUUCCAGUUCUGGAGGUUUUGGACCUUCACGAGAAUCACAUCCGCGGCGUUUUUCCUUCUUGGUUGACCAGUUUGACCACGUUGAGAAUAUUGGAUAUUUCUGGAAACUUCUUUACCGGUUUAUUUCCAGUUGAAAUUGGCAACCUUUUGAACUUAGAAGAGCUAAGAGUGGCGAACAACUCGCUCACCGGUUUGGUUCCUACUCAGCUCCUAAAAUGUGGUUCGUUAAAGGUCGUUGAUCUUGAAGGAAACCGGUUAUCCGGUAAAAUGCCGGUCUUUCUUAGUCAAAUGAGGAGCUUGAAAAGUAUAUCUUUGGGGAGAAAUUUAUUUUCUGGCUCGAUUCCGUACGGGUUUGGGAACAUUUCAGGGCUUGAAACGUUGAAUUUGAGUGGGAACAAUUUGACUGGAAGCGUACCGGAAGAUAUAAUGCGGUUGAGUAAUUUAACAACUUUAAAUCUCAGUUACAACAGAUUUUCUGGAGGAGUUCCUGAUGCUUUAGGGGAUUUAUUGAGUUUGGCGGUCUUAAAUUUAAGUGCAUGUGGGUUUUCAGGGACGAUUCCUGGGAGUAUUGGGUCUCUGAUGAAAUUAACAUCUCUUGAUUUGAGUAAGCAGCUGAUUUCCGGUGAGUUGCCUAUUGAGCUUUUUGGGUUGCCAAGUUUGCAGGUUGUUGCUUUAGAAGAAAACAGGUUGUCUGGUGAUGUUCCUGAAGGUUUUAGCAGCUUGGUUGGUUUACAAUACUUGAAUCUUAGUUCUAAUGAGUUUACCGAUCGGAUUCCGGUGACCUAUGGUUUUUUGCAGUCAUUGGUUGUGCUUUCACUGUCCUAUAAUCGAGUUUCGGGUAUGAUUCCUGUAGAGCUUGGUAAUUGUUCUGAUCUUGAAGUGCUUCAGCUUUGUUCGAAUCGUUUGAGGGGCAAUAUACCAGGUGAUAUCUCUCGAUUAUCUCAUUUGAAGGAGCUGGAUUUGGGUUUGAAUAAUUUAGAUGGCGAAAUCCCAGAGGAAAUGUCCAGAUCUUCCUCUAUGACUGCUCUGUUAUUGUAUGGGAAUCAUCUCUCGGGUAACAUACCGGAUUCAUUAUCAAAACUGUCGAAUCUAACUACUUUGAAUCUUUCCUCGAAUAGAUUGAGUGGAGCCAUUCCAUCAAGUCUUUCAAACAUGUCUAGCUUGAAGUAUCUGAAUCUGUCAAGAAACAAUCUUGAGGGUGAGAUUCCUAACGCACUGGGUUCUCGUUUCGAUGAUCCUUCUGUAUUUUCAAUGAAUAGUGAACUAUGCGGUAAGCCAUUAAACAGAGAAUGUGCAAAUGUAAGAAAUGGAAAAAGGAGGAAGCUGAUUAUAUUAAUUGCCAUAGCUGCUGGUGGAGCUUGCCUUCUUGCGUUGUGUUGUUGUGGAUAUGUUUACAGUCUUUUACGCUGGCGGAAGAAGCUUAGAGAAUGGGCGACUGGGGAGAAGAAGAGAAGUCCGGCUAGUGCUAGUUCGGGAGCGGACAGGAGUCGUGGUAGUGGGGAAAAUGGAGGACCAAAACUAGUCAUGUUCAAUAACAAGAUAACGCUAGCGGAGACACUAGAGGCGACAAGGCAAUUUGACGAGGAAAAUGUCUUGAGCAGGGGGAGAUGUGGACUUGUAUUCAAGGCGACGUAUCAAGAUGGAAUGGUCCUUUCAAUCCGUCGCCUUGUUGAUGGAUCUAUUGAUGAAGGUACCUUUCGGAAAGAAGCCGAAUUGCUAGGCAAGGUAAAGAAUCGGAACAUAACAGUUCUAAGGGGUUACUAUGCUGGACCACCCGACUUAAGGCUCCUUGUUUAUGACUACAUGCCCAAUGGAAACCUAGCCACCCUCCUCCAAGAGGCAUCUCACCAAGAUGGACAUAUGCUCAAUUGGCCAAUGCGUCAUCUCAUUGCUCUUGGCAUUGCUCGUGGCCUAGCCUUUUUACACUCGUUAUCAACUGUUCAUGGUGAUGUCAAACCACAAAAUGUCCUCUUUGAUGCUGAUUUUGAAGCUCAUUUAUCUGAAUUCGGGCUAGAGCGAUUGACAAUAGCAACCCCAGCAGAAGCUUCCUCGUCUUCAACCCCUGUUGGUUCUCUAGGCUAUGUAGCACCAGAAGCUGCUUUAUCAGGUCAACCCGCAAAAGAAGCGGACGUGUACAGUUUUGGGAUCGUACUAUUAGAAAUUCUUACCGGAAGAAAACCUGUGAUGUUCACCCAAGACGAAGACAUUGUGAAAUGGGUGAAAAAGCAAUUACAGAAAGGUCAAAUUUCAGAGUUGCUGGAGCCAGGGCUGCUUGAGUUAGACCCUGAAUCAUCAGAGUGGGAAGAAUUCUUGUUAGGGGUCAAAGUGGGACUCCUCUGCACAGCACCUGAUCCACUUGAUAGGCCAUCAAUGGCAGACAUUGUUUUCAUGUUAGAAGGAUGUAGAGUUGGACCAGAUAUUCCAUCUUCAGCUGAUCCAACCUCUCUACCUUCCCCCAUUUGA